AUGACCAUUAUGAGGCAUCACCAGUCCUUGGCCGUCUACUCCUUGCAGCUUCAGCUGGAAGGAAGCAGCCGUGAUUGGAGGCGGUUGAUCCUGGAUUGGCUCGUGAUCUCGUGGCUCCUUUACUUCCUCAUCCUCUUCCUCCUAACCUUCACCUACAUCGCUGUGCGCAAGCGCACCAUCAGGCAAUUGCAUCUGCACUCGGAGGAAUCCUUUGAUGAAGAGGCUGCCAAGUCGCGGGCCCAUGUCAGGCGCUUCUCCAUGGUGCCCACCGGCGACGAUGAGACGUCCGAUAGUGCGACGAUGGAGACGGUGCAGUCUGGUUACCAGCGCUGGUUCUUUGGCGUCUUCCUCUAUGUGCUUUGGAUGAUUGCUGGGAGCCCAGGGCAUUAG